GUGCCUCUUCCUCUGUUUUCUGAAGAGUAAUACAAUACGAGUGACAGCAUGAAUAAGCUGCUGGGCAUUACUGUGCUGGUUGCACUCCUCGCUGUCAGCGCUGAAAGCUUCCGUAUGCCGAGGCAGGCUGAGGAGGAGCAGGAGCUGGGCACCCUGACCAAGAUCACAGACGGCAUCAAGUCCUACUAUGACAGUGCCGUCAACACGGCCAGUGGAUACCUGGAGAACAUCAAGGGCAUGAAGCUGGAGGAGAAGGCAAAGACCCUUUACACUGAUACUACCAUAGUCUUGAGCACCUACGCUGGCAUUGCACAAGACCAGCUGUAUCACAUCUUUUACCAAAAAUAAAAAAAGUGAACUCCAAUUACCUCAUCUACCUUGUCUGGCAGCGUGAAAACUUUCAAGCUCCACACGAUAAGGCCCAUUUUUGACAUUCUGAACUUGCUCGUAUCUCACCUCACCCAAGCCUUAGAACCUACAAAAGGCAUCUUAAAAAAAGGUGGACCUCUUGCUCUUUGUGGCGCUUACUUGGGCCACUGCACUGGCGGUAAAUAAAGAUAACCAACUAACAGGGACUGUGAUCUUUUGAAAAAACAACAGCUGUCAGAGGAACAAGUUGGUGGCAAAGGAGCUCACAACACCUUGUCAAGUACCAACACAUUUCUCCCUGGAUCUCAGAGCUUAGAAACAACCAGCCAUCAAAAUAAUACAAAUAAUUGAAUGAUCUAUCGCCACCUACUGGUGUUUUCAGUCAUCCCUCAGCUGGAUAAAUUUAAAUAUUUGUGUCAUAUCUUGAAAUAAAAUAUUUAUACAAAAAAAA